AUGGACUGCCUCAAGAACAGUUUCAUUCGCGGUCAGCUUCUUGAUGGACGCUUUCGCACCGUCGCCCCUCUCAACCAUGGGUCAUUUGGUAUGGUAUUUCUCGCUACCGAUAUCAAAACUGGCCAGGACGUGGCCAUCAAGUGUCUGUUGAAAGCUUCCUCAAGUGAUUCAUGGAGCCCCGCUACCAGCGAUGCUCGUUUCGAAGAACUCGAUUGCCACAAACGCCUUGCAUAUCAUCCUAACAUCGUCAACCUGGUGCACUCUUUUGAAACCGAUACUCAUCUGUAUCUGGUUUUGGAAUACUGUGCAAAUGGCGACCUUUACGAGGCCAUUCGACUCAACCGUGGCCCUCUAGAGACAGAGCAUGUGCGUGACUUCAUGCUGCAACUGCUGAGCGCAGUCGAGUUCAUGCAUGCCAAUGGCCUGUAUCAUCGCGAUAUUAAACCAGAGAACAUCUUUCUAACCCAAGACGGGUCGAUGAAGCUGGGUGACUUGGGUCUUGCCACCCGUGAAUCUUGGUGCUACGAGGCUUGCGUUGGCAGUGAUCGCUACAUGGCUCCAGAACAGUAUGAGCCGGGUAGCCAUGGGUACUCGCCUGCAAAGGUCGACGUUUGGGCAGUCGGAAUCUGUCUGCUCAAUGUCCUCUUCGCACGUAACCCAUUUGCCACUCCUACCGAAACCGACAUCCUGUUUGCUGAUUACGUUCGAGAUCGACAAUCGCUCUUCGACAUCUUCCCCAACAUGUCUCAGGAUACCUUUGAGAUCCUGAGAAUGGCCCUGGCAAUUGAUCCCGAGAAGCGAUCCCUUCCUGGCAUCCGGGAUGCGAUUCUGCGCGCCGUCUCCUUCACUACCGACGAUGAAGUCCUGGACGAGUUCUGCACCGAUGACCGCGAAGUGGUACCUGCAAGUGCCAACCGCGAACCCCUGCGGACACCUUCCAUCCAGAGCCCGUAUAUCAACCAGGGAGAUUCUUUCCCAUGGGCCAAGGCACUUCAAUCCAGCCCCCCUCAAGCCAUCCGACAGUUGUCUGCGAUCCCCGACAACGAAAGCUACUCCGAAGACCUCUUCCCUCCCUCCGAAACCGCUGGCACCUCGUGGUUCUCUGUUCACCAGGGGACUCCCUCCAUGGCCUCCGUCUUGGAAUCCGCCCUUGGUGAAUCUUACCGUUCGACUGCAUUCCACAGGACGACUCCUCGCUACCCCCCUCCGUCCGACCCCGUUCCCAUCACUGGUUCUUUGCCUAGCCUGGCAACCAAGCCCUUACCUUCUCUAGCCAUGGUCUUUGGAAGGAACGGCAAGACCGAACAGAUCUCCAAGAGCUGGAGUGACCUGUGGGAUGAGGAAGAAGAAUCCGAAGGGGAGUAUGUCGCCUUCCAGCAACGACGUGAACAGAACUCUCGCAGUUGGAGCCACGAGAGCAGCUCGCCCGAACCCAGCCCUUCUCAGCCGGCUCUGCGCGAAGCCCAGAGCUCUUCCAUUCUCAACUCUCGUUCUCAACACGCAUCUUCUGUGGGCGUCUCUCACGAGUUGUCUGGCAAGUCCCACCCUGGUGAGACAAGUGCUGUGGCCCCUAAGGCCAUUCCACGCCUUCCGCAGCCCUCUCCUAAGAAGUCCAAUCUCGACAAGUGGGCUGCUCUAGGCGACAAGAGACGCAAUUUCAAGACAUCGGAUGCCUCUUUCGAGUCGAAGCGUUUCCCGAACAAUAUGAGUUGGAGGAAGGACUGGGGUCUGGGAUCCUCUGGGUUUGAUUAUGGCUUGUGGGCUAAGAAGGAAACCAUCGCUUCUCAAGACCGUGACCGUCGCCGUCGCCCAUUCUUGCAGAAGGGCUGGCGCCGGGAUUCCUUGGAGUCUUCGAAGCCUGGUUACGCCAGGCCCCUCAAGCAAUACGAUAGUAGUGUUGAUGAGGAUCUGGAUCUUGUUGGUGGUUGGCAUGACCUUCACCUGUAA